UUAAAUCUUAGGUACAUUUUUUACUCUCAAAAUAUAUAUUUUUUCUGCAACCAAUGAUGAUCUAAACAUCUUUCUAAAAGCAUUAGGUUCUCGUGGCUGUCUAAGGAAUAAUGGGGUCAAUUUAGGGGUGACAUUAUUCCGGUCACUUAGGAGGAGGCUUUGUGAGGAAAUGCAAAUGAUCAAGUUCGUAAAGAGUGGCUGAAAGAGGAAGGGCACUCUGCAGUCCCUCUUUCACUUGGCAAAUCUGUUUUUCUCUCCGUUCAUGAUGAAGCUUUAUGGAGUUCUGAUCCUGUUUAUAACUCUGUCUGCAGUCUGUGGAUUAAGAUGCUACACAUGCACCGCCACCGACCCUAAAUCCUGCAUUGACACCAAAUCUUGUCCAGUUAUCUUCAACCGGUGUUUCUCUCUCAGAAUAGACGGUUAUAGCAUGGUAACCAAGGGAUGCCAAAGCAGCAUAGCAUGUGGCGGUGCCAUGGCUUGCUGUGAAGGGAACUUGUGUAACAGUGCCCUACCCACUGUUCCCUGUGUCAUCCUCCUGCUAGUCUCCUUGGCCUUCAUCUUUUUCGGUGGUCGUUUCCCCUCGAGUUUUUCUCCCACACGGUUAAUUAAAGGUCGGAUUUCCUUUCUGUUCAAGAUGCAGUUUUAUGGAGCUCUGAUCCUCUUGAUGACGUUGUCUGCAGCCUAUGGGUUGAAAUGCUACAGUUGUUUUGGAAGUCAUGCCUGCUUAACGACAACUUGUCCUCCCGGACUUGACCGUUGUUCCAGCGCCGAGUUGCUUGGUAAUAAAAUGAAGAGUUGCUUGGCCAGCGCUGCAUGUGUUAGCCCCAUCGAGUGCUGUGCCGAGGACCUGUGUAACAGCGCCUUGCCCAUCGGCUGCAGUCCGGUACUUCUGCUGCUCUCCUCGGCCAUCAUCACAGUCUUUCUCUGAGGCUCCGGAGCAGCUUAACAAUGUUUGUCUUCCUUUUUUUGUAAUCCUACAAGAAUAGAUACAUUUCUGGACGUGUAAAAGCUGUAAAUGAAUGGAUCUCGACAAUUGCUCAAUAAAACACAAAAUGAUUGAUUAUUUAA